CGACCAAGUGCCGACCACAUCGUUCUCCUUCCCGGCACGACGUCAUAUUCCAUCCCGCCACGUCGAGCGCAGGCGACAUCACUCCCGUCGUCGCACAUGAUGCAGCCCUCUUCACACAACAUGGACAAGGCCAACGUCGGUGCCGACUCGGCGUCAACCACACAUGGUCCAGCGACCCCGUCGCUGAAAAUCACGGCACCAUCGACACCGUCGCUCUUGGCGUUCGCGAAGUUCAAGGAACGCGAAGCCAUGGGGUCGCCCACAUCGCCUGGCAUGUCGUCCAUGACGCUGCCCGCGCGAAAAGAGCUCGCUGAAGCCGCCGCGUUCCGUGCGUCGUCGUUCCACGACGAAUCGUCUUGCCCUGAUGACGAAGAUGCUGGGAACGACGACGACAGCGACGACUCGGACAUGCCACACGACUGCAAAGCAAACACUGGCAGAUGGACGGAUGCCGAACACAAACUCUUCCUCAAGGGGCUCGAGUGCUUUCCAUACCGAGCGUGGAAGAAGAUCGCGACGCUUAUCAAAACCCGAAGUGUCGUCCAAAUUCGAACACAUGCUCAAAAGUACUACCAGAAGCUGGCAAAGGAAGAAGCCAAGGGCAAAGACCGAACGAACGCUUCGAGCCAUGUCAACAACUCAGGCGCCGACAACCACUUCAUGCACAGCACUGCCACGGCGUCGGCAUAUGCAUCACCGUCCAUCGAAAAUGCUUCCGACAACUGCACCACCACGCGGCAAAAGAACGUGAGCAGCGUGAAGAAGCGAAAGUUCAGCUUCGAUGAAAACCAUUACACAGCGACCUCUGCUGCAUCGCGCUUUUCGAAGCGAAAGGAAGGCACAUUGCCACCCCUCGGGUUUGCUUCUUCGGUCGACACGUCCCAGUUGGACAACAACAUGUUGCGACCAACUGUGGCAGCGAGUACAGCAAUUGAGUUCGACAAGUCAAAUGGUCGAACGUCCGCGUCGCGGCAUGCUGCGAUCGUUCCUGCAACGUCUUCAGGCACCCGACGGCCCGCUAUGGCGGCCUUUGACGUGCCCACGAUGAUUCUGGACUACCCAACAUCCGUCGAAGACAAGCACAUGGACGAAUUUGACAUCAUCGACGAAAGUCUGUCGCGGAUGACCCCUGUCAACGACGAAGACAUGCUUCAACUGACCGACGACGACUGGUUCUCGUCCUCGUCCGAGAACGACCGCGAUGUCGCGAACAAGAUGGACGACAAAUGCUCCCCGCUCUCGUCGCCUUCCCACCACAUGCUGAAGAAGCAACCCAGCGCAUUCUUGUUCUGCGAUACCAACGACACCACAACGUCGUUCAACCUGCUCGAACCCGAGACGGACCCGUACUCGAUCCUGUUCGACCACGUGGACGAGCCCCUCGCCUCGACGACGUACGCAGACGAAUUCAUCCUAGACCCCCAGACAUUCCUCACGAACUACUUCAGCAAGGAAGGGUAGAUGGUCGCGUCGUCGUCAUGUGCGAGUUUUGUUCAAAGUGCUAAUUUAUUGAUAUUUGCCCCGA